UCAGAGAGCUACAGGCAGCGACAGCGGGAGGUUGAUUAUGAAGCUGUUGCCAACUCCUCUGAUAUUCUGGUCCAGUAUACUGCUUCUGUUUUGCUUCACGUUCUCACAAUGUGAGACAGAGGGCAGCGAUCCAGAUUUCUGUCAAAAUCCCAGCGGUCCUAUUGAAUUACAUAGUUCUUUUCCAGAGGAUAACGAUAUAGAUGAUAUCAAGGAUGAUCAAAAUUUCUCCUGCGUCCAUCGCCCCACAAAUACACUCAACUGCUCCUGGUCAUUCCAAGCUCUGCAGGAGGACACUCAGCUUUCUGUCAGUUUGAGUAUCUGUGAUGAUGAAACAGAAAAAAGUCUGAGGCAUCUGUCUGAUGAAAGAGUUGGAUCAGAGUCUAUGGUUCUGCCUGACUACAAGUACUUAACGGUAAUCCUCAUCUUCAAUGUGUCGCUGAACGACAUGUGGAAGGUCUACUCCUACACCUACGACUCUGACACGCUAGAAGUUCUGUCUCCACCUCCAUUCAUCUCUGCAUCAAUCAACAAUGGAAGCCUGUUGGUGAAUUGGACUGAGCCCCUCAGUCAAACAAACAUAUACCCACAUUGCUUUGAAUACCAGCUGGACAUAGGUGACCAGGAGAAACACAUACACUUGCCUGAUACGCUGUCUUACACAAAGCUGAAUGCUGAUGCUGAUCCCCAAUUCACCUACAGAGUGAGGAUAAGGGCAAGGGUGAAGCAAAAGACUUGCUCAGGAUCGUCUCAGUGGAGUGACUGGAGUUCCACUGUCAAGGUGGGACAGCCAGUGGCAGGUUACGAUUUCAGCAUCCUGGUGGUCCUCUCCAUCUCACUUGGAAUACCCAUGAUCCUCCUGGCUGUGGUGCUGCUGGUUCGUUAUCAGAGGGUGACUAAGGUCCUAUUUCCUCCGAUUCCUCACCCCCCAUCCAAGUACAAGAAUUUCCUAGAAAAAAAUGACACAUUCAAUUUUUUCUACGCUGCGCCAUCGGUGAAGCCUGAGGAAGAGAUCACAGAGGUGGUGGAAGCCGAGCAAAAGCCUGAAAAGCCAGUUUAGAGGCAAUAUAGUUAAAAAAAAAACACGUGCUGAGCUUGCAUCUAAUGCCAUUCAGCAAAGCAUAAAUGUACUGCAUGCAUUUUAUAGAUUUACAGUCCAGCAAAUACAUUCUCAGAUAUUUGGUUCAUGUGUAUGUGUAAGUUGGGCCAUUGU